GCAACUUGCCUUCCCCUUGGUUUGCCCCGCCUUUGCUUUGCCCCUGCCUUUGCUUUGCCUUUCUUCUUCUUCUUCUUCUUCGGCUUCGGUGCCGCACUCUUUCUGUGCCAUAGAUCUACCACGGGCACCUCUCCCAUCCCCCGACAUUGCCCGAUCCGUGCACCACUCCAGGGACCUGGUGCGGAACGCAGCUUAAAUCUUCUAGGAAUAAGUGGCGUGAACCAGUGAUAAGAGGCUUACUCCGGUGGUUCUAUUGUAGAAUUAUUACCAAUAUGGGCCUUAGAGGAAGUUGACUAUGGAGGAUCAUGGUUCGAGGUUAAAAAAGAACGAUUGAUAUUCUAGCAAGGAACAGAUGUCAAGUAAGUGGUCACCAUGAAAUGGCUUGAGCGUUUCAAAGAGAAAGUGAGUCAGACCUCAUUCUCUCCAACAAGCCCUCAGGCAAGGCUAUCACGUCAGUGCUCUGAAGAUGGAAUCACUAGACCCAGAGAAAAAGAUGACUUGGAACAAGAUUUUCGAUCGGCAUGGGAGGAUUUUCGGUCAUCAAUUACCGAAAAAGAAAAAGAGAAAGCCUUGGAUGUAACCGUAAGCCUUUUCUGUAAGGUUGCUCGGCAGAGUUCAGAUCCGACUCGACUUGCCCUUUCGUUGGUGGAUAUACGUUCUUUUGCAUUUGUCGUUGCUCGAGCACUAGUAACAGAGAUUAAGAAAUUACGAGAAGAUGGAGCAAACGGGCAGCUUCAGGCUGAUGACUUGUUGAGUUUCUUUACCGGAUCGCAAGUCGAGGGAAAUGGGAAAACUGGUGCUAAUCUCCUCUUCGCUUUGGAAGGGCUCGUCUCUACGGAGCUGGACGUUCAACCUCUGAUCGAUGCUGGCCUCUUUCCCUCACUUGUCACUGUCUUAAAUUGCUUAUUAAGCUCUUCCAUACCACCCAAUAGUCAUACAGUUUUUACCAAUAGCGGUCCGUGUUCAACUGACAGCUCCACCGAACCAUCCAACACCUCGACACUAGUGGCUGAAGGAUCGGAACUGGCAGAUCCAAUUCCUGCUGUGGUUGAGACAGCAAUCGUGGAUGUGUCCACUCCACGAGCUUUAGAAGCUGCAGACACAGUGUCUCAAAAUGAAAACCCUCCUGGUGACGGUGAUGAGUGUCAGCAUGGUGAGAAAGGACUUCCGUUGGUUGAGAAUGUCCUCCAACAACCUGCAUCAGAUGCUGUGAUACAAAAUGAAACUUCUGGUCGAGUCGAAGUGGCUUCGCUGGGUCAGCAACCUACAUCCAAGGCAGAUGAAGCUCCUGUCAGUGUGCUUGACGGGAUACCAAUGGAGGAAAGACGAGCUUUGGUGGAAGCUGGUGUUGUUCACGUUUUGAAAGCAAUGGCACGACAUGCUGGUGCGGCACAAAGUUUAUUGGAAGACGAUGCACUUCAGUUACUGUUUCAUAUGGUGGCUACGGGGGUCCCCGCCCAAAAGAAAGGAAUUUCUGAUGCUUUGGACCUCCAGAUCAGCACCCCCUUACAUUUAGCACAGCUUCGUCGUCAUGCCAUGCAGAUCCUAGAGGCUGCGUUGAUGAGCGAUAAUGGGAGUACAGCCCAGUAUGUACAAACUCAUGAAUUGAUUGAAGUGCUGCUGUCUCCAGUCAAGAAUUUCCUGGCUGAAAGCAACGGUGAUGCAAGCUAUAUUAUUAGUGUGGUCGCAUUAAUCCUUAAAUGUGUCCAGCUCUCGUCUCGUCCAGAGUCUCGUGGAAUACGCUUGAAGGAUGGUUUUCGGAAAGGGAAAGGUUACACUUGCCUGGAAAAACUAGCAUUACAAUUAGCUGCUUCGCCAGGGAGUACGGAAGGAAAUUUUGAAUCACCCAUUGUAAACCGGGAUUCUUUAUUCCCGGAUGCUUCAUAUGGUCAAGUACCUGGCGAUCGUCAAACAGGGAUGGCUGACGGUGAUUCUAGUGGGACCUUGUCGCCUUUGCUGAUACGUCUUCUAGACAUCAUGGUUGAUUUUGCACAGUCAGGUUCUCGAGCACAAUACCGCUCCUCAUCGGGCAUUGGGGAGCGUUCGGGACGGCCAGCUACUGGUAAACCAGUGCGCGCCUUAUUUGAAGGAAUUGGUUCAACCUCCUCUUUCGAUACCCGCGAACUUGAUUUGGAGGGUAAAAUAGGGGACAUCGAGAUAGUUCAGACUUUCCAAGAUGUUUUCCUAUACACAGGAAAUGUGAUGUUGCAGCUUGAAAUACUAGACCGCCUUCUCAGACUAUUCGCCAGCCAUCCAGAUAACUACGUACUUGUACAGGAGCGGCGUACAAUGCCACUCUUCUUACAAAACAUGGGCAGUUACGCGUUGAUACUUCAAGAGCGGCUUUUGAAGGUUUUGGAGUACGCCGUAACUGUGGUAAAUUGUAUUCCCGAACAAGAGCUUCUUUCUCUCUGCUACCUUCUCCAGCAACCUUACGCAUCACCUUUACGAAAAACAGUGCUAUCAUUUUUUGGGAAACUCUUAUCAUUUGAUAGGAAUUACAAAAAAGUGUUGAGGGAAGUAGGGCUCUUGGAUCUUCUACUUGAUGACUUGAGGCGAUGUGGUCUCUCAGAAGACCCUAUAUCGAAAGAUAAUGCUGAACCUCUAGUUGAAUCUCCCUCUCUGGAGCUCCAUAUCUUUGAAGACAAGGUCACUAUUGGGCUUGCCUGGGAGUGCCUGCUCUCUCUCCUGAAGAAGAGUGAUGGAAACCAAACAGUGUUUCGAAAGGCGAAUGGGGUUGGUUACAUUCUUCCUCUUGUAGCUUCAGCUUCUCAACGCAGCGGUGCUCUUCGUGUGCUUUCGUGUCUGAUAUGCGAAGAUAUUAAUCAGGCGCAUGCAGAUGAACUCAAGUCUCUCUUGAAGAUUGCUCAUAGUGGAGUUGUUUCUGGUCAAAAUGGAGUACAAAAUGUUCUCGACAUUGAAGCAAAGGAGGACAUUUUGUGGUGUGUCUGGCGAAUCCUUGGAGCCAAUUCCACAACUCGAGUUGUUUUUGGUGAUGGGAAUGGCUUUGGUCUUCUACUUUCUGUUUUGGAAGGCAUUCAUUCAGGCUGUAAUGAUCCCAGUGUGGAGUCGAUAGGUGAUGAAGCUGCACCUGCUUCAAGUCUUGCUGUGCACAUGGAAGUUUUAGAUGCAUUAUUGCACGUUAUUACUGUAGCGGCAGCUGAAAGUCCAACGAAUCGGAACAAGCUACAUGAAUGCGUUUCGUCACAAGCUUUUAAACGCUUACUGCAGAGAUCUGGACUUCUAUGUCCCGAGUUUGAGCAAAAAGUGGCAGAGCGUUUGUUUGAUGUGGCGCUAGAACGAGUUCACUCUCCUUCUCAAAGUAAUUUGGGACUUCCAAUUUUGUCACAAGGAGAAGGAACCAAGAGCUUUAGAAUUCCAGGAGCAGAGGGAGAGUUCCUUGUAAACCCUGGUCAAGCAGCACAGAUGGAUGUAUAUAAUGCAGGGCCAAUCGAAGUUCUUCUGUUUUUUUUACCACAGUUUACUGUGAAGUUGCAGCUUCGUAUACUGGUCCAGGUCGAGAGGUUUGUCAAUGACAGCCCGUGGAAUCAGAAUGCCUUAACCUCUGCUGGCUGUGUGGGACAUCUACUGGAGGUAGUGAAAUCAAUGCUGCAAACGAAGCCUUCCUCUCUCUUGUCAUAUGCUUUGAAGAUUGUGGAAAUUCUUGGAUCCUUCAGGCUUUCUGCCUCAGAGAUGCAAACAUUGGGGAGAAUCGUCUGGUUUAACCGGGACUCUUCUGUUGGUCAUAUGGGUCAGCGCCUCUUACAAAUGGUUGAGAGGAUGAGUCAAUCUUCUCCUUUCUCAAGCGCAAGCCUGUCAUUCUCCCCCUUCAUUGAGUUUCGUAUGUCUCGGAUGGGACAUGCUUGUCUGAGAACCCCUUUGGGGGACCGAACAUGGCCUCCUACUGCUGGUUACUCUUUUGUUUGUUGGGCUCGGUUUGAGAAACUAAGCGCUCAAAAUGGUCAGAACUCAAGUGGAGCUGAAGCAUCUAAAGAGUUGCACCGAAAUCGAUCUGGUUCUUUAGGCUCUGUUCUGCGUAUCUUGACAGUUGGAACAGCAGAAGACAAGAGUUCAAUUUGUGCAGAGCUCUUUCUAAGUGAUUCUGGAGUCCUGACACUGGCUACAAGCCCAACUUCUUAUCUGUGCUUUAAAGGCGUGCGAUUAGAAGAGGGUAUUUGGUACCAUCUCACCAUAGUACACAAUAAACCUAAUGCAUUGGCCGGACUUUUCCAGUCUAGUGUUGCUUAUCUCUACCUUAACGGGAGCCUCCGUCAUACAGGGAAGCUUGGCUACUCAGCCUCACCUGUUGGAAAACCAUUACAGGUUACAGUAGGCACCUCAUCAUCUUUUUCGGAGGUGUCACCUUUUACUUGGCAGCUUGGUUCAUGCUACUUAUUUGAAGAGGUUCUCCCUGCUCCGGCAAUUUUCUUCAUGUAUGUACUUGGGCGUGGUUACCGUGGACUUUUUCAAGACACUGACAUGUUGCGGUUUAUACCUUAUGAAGCCUGCGGCGGGGGCAAUUUGAUGGUACUGGAGAGCUUAGAUACAGAGCUCUUAGCCACGCUGAAAGCCGAAGGACUAAGCCAAAAUGCUGGAGUGGCUCAAUUGGAAGGCAGUGGAGUUAUUUGGGAUCUGGAGAAGCUUGCCCGCUUUUGGGCCCAGCUUUGUGGUCGCCAUCUUAUAUUUGCUUACGAUGGUUCGCAUGCGGAGGAUGUUGUUCCAGCUGGUGUUAUGUCAAUGGUGAACUUGGUUGAUCCCAUGUCAGCAGCAGCUUCUGUUCUUGGAGGAUUACCAAGACUUGCUCGAAUACAUGGAGACGUCCACAUUUGCACGCCAUGCAAUAUCGCAGAUACUAUGCGUAAAGUGGGAGGUGUGGCAGUUGUCCUGGCAAUGAUUGAGGCUGCUGAUAGUUGUGAAACGCUGCACCUCGCUCUCUCUGUUUUGGUAUCUAUGCUACAGUCAAAUCCUCGGAAUGCACGUGACAUGCAAGCUUGUCGGGGCUAUCAUCUAUUAGCUUUAUUCCUUCAUCGAAGAAUGGAUUAUUUUGAGGCUCGGGAUCUUGACUUUUUGUUCCGAAUCGCAUCCUGUGAAGCAUCCUUUGUUCAAAAGCCACCCCAGACAACAAUACCUGCAUCUGAACCUGCUGGCCAUAGCAGGAGUCUAAGUGCAGGAUUUGACACAGCUAUGAACCUCUUAGGUUUCUCAUCUAGGGUUCCAGACGAUCAGACAUCAAACUACGGGUCCACGGUGGAGUAUCCAGAGAGUCUUGGCAUGGAUGGAUCGAUUGGUGGCGGUGUAUCUGACAUCGAGUGCUAUGAUCUUCCACAUGAGGAUAUCGAUUGUAUAGUUCUUGCUAAUCCAGAAAUGAUGGAGCAUGUUUUACUGGAUUGGACUCUAUGGGUAACUGCACCUAUCGGGGUCCAAUUAGGUCUUCUAGGUUUCAUUGAAAGGCUUGUUUCUAUGCAUCGGUACCGUCUCCACAACUUAACUGUUUUAAGAAAACUCAAUUUAGUUCAGCACUUGUUAGUUACCCUGCAGAGAGGGGAUGUUGACAAUGUUGUGCUGGAAAAGCUUGUAGUGCUGUUAGGUAUCAUCUUGGAAGAUGGGUUCUUGCCUUCAGAGCUCAAAUAUGUUGCAGAUUUUGUUGUGAUGACAUUUGACCCACCCCAUAUCGUAAAAGGUGUCUCAGGUAUCACCCGUGAGUCCAUGGGUACACAGGUUAUCGUGAGAGAUUUGCUUCUUGAGAUGCUCAUUGAACUUCAAAUGACUAUUACAGCAGAUGACACAUUAGAUACGUGGCACAAAAUUGUGUCUUCAAAGCUCAUUACGUUCUUGUUGGAUGAAGCUGUUCAUCCUACUAGUAUGCGAUGGGUUAUGACUUUACUUGGUGCGUGCCUGCUACCUUCCCCUACAUUUGCCGCCCGCUUUAAAAGCUCAGGUGGCUUCCAAGCCUUGGCUCGUGUUUUGCCAAGUUUUUACGAUUGUCCUGAAAUUUACUACAUACUCUUCAGCCUCAUUUUCGGGAAGUCUGUAUAUCCAAGACAACCUGAGGUUCGCCUGCUUGAUUUCCAUGCUUUGUUGCCCGAGGACGGGAACAAAGCAGAGCUCGUCUUUACCGAACUCUUAGACUCAGUGAUAUCGAUGGCGAAGGCUGCAUUUGAUCGCAUGAUCGCACAGUCUGAAUCAGCCAAACAAACUGGCGAUUUCUCUGGAUUUACUGUUACUUUAGCUUCUGAUCAAACAGACGGAGAGACACUCCAGGGUGAGGCUCUUUUACAUAAGACAUAUGCAGCAAGACUUCUGGGAGGGGUACAGGCAGCUCCUGGAAUGGUUUCAUCUCUGUUACGCUUCAUGGUGGAUUGUGCAAAGAUGUGCAAACCCUUCUCAAUGGCAUGCCGUCGGUCCGACUUUCUUGAGUCCUGUGUAGAUCUUUACUUUGCCUGUAUAAGGUCUGCUGCUGCAGUAGAAGGUGCACAAGAGUCUAAAUGGGAAACAAAGGAUCAGCUACUGGAGGAAGACUUGGAAAAAACACAGUUUGUAGAAUCUUCCAAUAUCAGAAAUGGAAAACUUGAUGUUUCUGGGCUGACUGUUGUUACAGAAUAUCCAACAGAGACGGCAACGAGAGUGUCACCGAAAAUCGCUUCUAGAACGGAAGAAGGAUUCCCUGAUGUUGCCCACAUUUCUUCUAUUUCAGAGAGUGAAGCUCUGACGGUUGACUUGGCUAUGUCACCAACAACAUCGGAAAUGUCCAGGAUUUCGAUGCUCACUCCAAAGCCUACGACUCCUCCUGUGAAGUCAUGGCUGACUCAUCCCUUAACUUUGGACUUAUCUGAAACAAGACAACCCACGACCACACUUUCAGCACCUCCAACGCCACCAAGGUCGAAUAAAGAGCGAACUAGGCACCUCUCUUUCUCUGCAAUCUCAUCUAUAUCUGGCAAUCAAAGUGAUGUUGACUUCAAUUUUAGCGAUUUUGGCCCUCCGUCUUCUACAAGUGUCACACCUAGUGAAACCUUAAAUGCUGCAAUUACCCCUCGUUUGCUUUUGCAACUGGAAUCUUUGGGUGCUGGGGGUGGGCCCUGCGCUGCAGCUGCAUCUGCCAUAUUGGAUUUUAUUGCAGAAGUGUUGGCAGAAACUUUACUCGAGCAGGCUAAAUCAAUAACCGUGGUGGAGAGUAUUCUUGAAGCUGUGCCCAUGUAUGUCAAUUCAGACGCAGCUCUUAUCUUUCAAGGGCUUGUUUUGAGGCGAAUAAUAAAUGAUCUCGAGAGGAGGCUGAUGCGCGAUUCAGAGGAGAAUCACAAGAAAUUAGAUAAGAAUAGGUGGGCUCCCAAUCUUGAUACGCUGAGUUGGCUGUUAGUCGACCGCGUAUACAUGGGUGCAUUUGCAGAGGCUGGAGGCCCUCUCAAUGUCCUUGAGUAUCUUCUCUCGAUGCUUCAAUUAGCCAACGCAGAUGGACGUGUAGAAGAUGCAACUCCGACGGCCAAAGGCAUGCUGUUCACGAGGAGCGGUGGUCGUCAGGCAGAAUCAUAUGUUCAAUCUCUUUUGAAGAAUACGAACAGGAUGCUUAUGUUUUGUUUCUUGCCACAGUUGAUUAACAGCCCCGUAGAAGAAGACUUUCCCGCAACGAAUGGGAAAAAGAUCAAUCCAUCUGCUUCAGGCUCAGAGAUCGUUAUGGAGAGUGUUCCAAAAUGUCUGGAGAGAGUUUCUGGGGAUGUUGGCGUUACUUACCAAGUUAUUCUUGAUAAAGCCGCAGUUUUGCAAUUAUUACUUGCCAAUCGAAAAAUAAUCUUUUGCACCAUCAAUGUAGACCUUGAAUUAGUAUGUGCUCUUUGUAUAAAUCUUUUUCCGAUGGCUUUAGAUACUGAACAAAGCAAUAAGACUGUGGUUUUUGAAGUCUGGAAAGCGUUGUUGACACAUCGCAGUUCUGCUUUGGAGGAUGUACUCAUCACACGAGGUAGCCAGGGCAGUGUUCUGAUGGACGUACUUCAUGGAGGCUUCGAUCGGCUGCUUAAAGCAGGAGUUCAAGACUUCUUCGUAUGGCUUCAGGAGAAUUGGGAGUCUGUACAAAGAGUGCUGGAGCAGCGAGCAUCCACCAUAUGGAGGGAUUACGUUUCGGCAGCAUCACGUUUUCCUGCAGCUCGCACUAAAUCGAUGGAGGUUCGACGACGGAGAGAAAUGUCUCGUCGUAGUAGGGAACGCUCCAAGAUGGAUACUCGCCAUUGGGAGCAAAUGUUGGAAAGACGCGUGGCACUUGAGUUAGUCAGAGAGGCUAUGGCAGCCGAAUUAAGGGUUCUUCGUCAAGACAAAUACGGGUGGAUACUUCAUGCGGAAAACGGGUGGGCAGAUCAUCUCCAGCAGCUAGUUCAUGAGCGAGGAAUUUGGCCAAUCGUCCCAGAGGUCUGUGAUGAAGAACCUGAUUGGCAGCUGUGCCCAACCGAAGGACCUUAUCGCAUGCGGAAGAAGUUAGAGCGAAGGAAGAAAAAUCUUAGCAUUCUUGGGAAAUCGCAACUCAUGGAGGAGCGACAGAACGAUGGGGUGUACAAAGUUUCUCCAAAUGAUGGAGUUAAUCCGUUGGACAAGGAGAAUCCACUUCAUGAUCAGUACGUUGACCUUUUUAGUUCCGAUACUCAGAAACGCCUGGGAUAUUCAAGUAAGGAGUUUCUGGCAUCACUUGAGGAAGACAUCGGAGAAUUGAAGACUGAGAUUGGUGACGAUGAGGAAGAUAUGUUAUCCGCAAGAGUUAACUGGAAUGAGGAGUCAUUUUCUGGCAACUCAGAAUCUCAGAGACCAAAGGCUAUGAGUGUUGCUUCUCUCAAGCUUGCUGGAGAAGAAGUCAUAGACCAAGUUUUAGGUUCUCCACACGGAUCCGUCUCUCCAGCAGUAGAAGAGAUUAUGCCAGAAGAAGCAAAUUAUUUAGAGCAAGAGAUGCAUGAGGAUGGAGAAUAUUUGAUUAGGCCUCAUUUGGAACGUGGAGAGCGUAUCAGGUUUCGAUAUAAUUGUGAGCGAGUGGUUGGCUUAGACAAGCGUGACGGAAUUUUCCUUAUUGGGGAAAAAUGCUUGUAUGUUAUUGAAAAUUAUAUUAUUGAUGAAAACAAGUGUAUAAAGGAGAAGGGUGAAGAACGAGAUCUCUCAAUUAUUGAUCAGGCUCUUGGAGUUCGAGCUAAUUCAACUGGUGUAGUGGAUAUGAACAUAUCCAAGCAGACGGAAGUUGCAGCUGAUUCUUGGGCUGGAGGUCGUGCUUGGGCUUACAGUGGGGGUGCAUGGGGAAAGGAGAAGGUAAAAGCAGGCCAAAAUAUGCCACAUCCAUGGAGGAUGUGGAAACUAGAAAGCGUGCAUGAGUUGCUGAAGCGGCGGUACCAGCUACGUCCUGUUGCCAUUGAGUUGUUUAGCAUGGAUGGAUGCAAUGACCUGCUUGUUUUUCAUAAAAAUGAACGAGACGAGGUUUUCAAAACUCUUCUCGCAAUGAACCUUCCUCGCAACAGCAUGCUGGAUACAACAAUAUCGGCCGCUUCAAAGCAAGAGGCCGGUGAAGGUGGGCGACUCUUUAAAAUGAUGGCCAAGUCCUUUAGUAAAAGAUGGCAAAAUGGGGAAAUCAGCAAUUUCCAGUACCUCAUGCACUUAAACACACUAGCAGGGCGUGGUUAUAACGAUCUCACACAGUAUCCAGUGUUUCCCUGGAUUUUGAAAGACUAUACUAGCGAAGAGUUGGACUUGUCGAAUCCAGAUACAUUCCGUCGCCUUGAUAAACCUAUGGGGGCUCUGCAUCCUGAACGAGAGAAGGAAUUCCGAAAAAGGUACGAGACUUGGGAGGAUCCAGAAAUUCCGAGAUUCCACUAUGGUUCACACUAUUCCAGUGCUGGAAGUGUGCUAUUUUACCUCAUAAGGUUACCCCCAUUUAGUCAAGAAAACAAACAGCUUCAAGGGGGUGCUUUCGAUCACGCUGACCGACUCUUUAACAGCAUCAAGGAUACCUACCUCAGUGCAAGUCAAGGAAAUACUGCUGAUGUUAAGGAGCUUAUUCCUGAGUUUUUUUAUCUCCCCGAGUUUCUGGAGAAUCGCUUUGGUUUUGAUUUUGGAGUUAAGCAAUCAGGUGAAAGGGUGAAUGAUGUGCUACUGCCGCCCUGGGCAAAGGGAAGUGCUCGUGAGUUUGUUCGCAAACAUCGUGAGGCCUUAGAAUCACAAUAUGUCUCCGAAAACCUGCACCACUGGAUUGAUCUCAUCUUCGGUUUCAAGCAGCGUGGAAAGCCGGCUGUUGAAGCUUUAAAUGUAUUCUACCACUUGACGUAUGAGGGAGCAGUUGACAUCGAUCGCGUUCCCGAUCCUGCAAUGAAAGCUGCUGUUUUGGCUCAGAUCAACCAUUUUGGACAGACACCAAAACUGCUCUUUACCAAGCCUCAUCCUAAGCGGAAGUGGGUUCAGAAGCAGCCACUUGCGCUUGCCCUCCGCAAUUACCAUUUACUUGCUCCUCAGGAAAUGCGGCCAUUGAGUUCAAGAGUAUCUCAAAUAGUUAUUUUUCAAGACAAGGUAUACGCAGCAGGAGCUAACAGAAUACUGAAGCCACCCUCUUUUACCAAGUAUCUUUGUUGGGGAUUUUCAGAUCGUAGCCUUCGGAUUAUCUCAUAUGAGCAAGAGAGGCUCCUCUCCACCCAUGAGAAUCUUCAUGACGACGGACCUGUGUUAUGUACUGGCUUUAGUCGCGAUGGUCGAAUUCUGGUCACUGGUGGAGCGGAUGGGGUGGUAUCUGUAUGGAGACAACGAAAAGAUGGUCUUCGAGGACAGCGUCGGCUACAUUUGCAGAGAUCAUUGUGUGCUCACUCACAAGCAGUCCUCUGCCUUGCAGUUUCCCAACCAUACAGUCUCAUUGUUAGUGGAUCUAAAGACCGUACUGUGAUUUUCUGGGAUUUGUCUAGUCUCGAAUAUGUGCGGCAAUUGCCUGAACUACCGGAGCCACCGACAGCUAUUCAUGCAAACGACAUGACAGGCGAGGUGGUCACAGCCGCAGGGACGACUCUUUCUGUUUGGAGCAUUAAUGGGGAUUGCUUGGCAGCUGUAAAUACAUCUCACGUUGCUGCUGAUACUAUCCUUUCCAUUACUAGUCCCCAUUUAUCGGAUUGGAUGGAGGCAAGCUGGUACGUGACGGGCCAUCAAAAUGGAGUAAUCCGUCUUUGGCACAUGGAGCUUGACAACCAUUCAAAAUUAGAUCGGAGAGCGAGCCACCGAAUUUCUUGUUCCUGGGGUUCAAACGAAUUAUCUAAGUCAUGUGUCACUGGCGGCCCUCCGGAAUAUCAACUGGUUUUGUAUAAAGUACUGAGUUGGCAUAAGGAGCCAGUAACUGCUCUCUCGUUAGGGAACGACCUCAAGCAACUCUGCAGCGGCGAUGCAGGUGGACAUCUUGUUUCUUGGACACUGCCUGAUGAUGGUUUUAAGCAAACACCUUCGCUUGAAAUUGAGCCGGACCAGUGCACAACAUGCCAGAAGGAGUUGAAUCUAACAGAGAUGAAGCAUCACUGCCGCAAUUGUGGACAAAUUUCAUGCGCCGACUGUUGCAAUAACCACAUUGUUUUGGAAGAUCUUGGCUAUUUUAGUCCUGUCCGAGUGUGUGGGAGUUGUUAUGAGUCUCGCCAAUCCUGCACAGGUAGACAACUGACUUUUUCUAGGACGUCCUCCGAGGUGAUUCGUCCCUCUCUGCUUACAGAGGAUUCGAAGAACGGUAGUGAACUAGCCUUUGAACUUCUGAACGCCUUGAAGUCCGCUAAUGUGACAGAUGUUGAAACCAACAUCACUUGAAGUGGAUUGUUCAAAGGGGAGACCUAGUUAGAUUUUGCCCCCCUUGACCAUCUCUGUAUACAAUUUCCAAUUCCAUUUCCUAACUUCCAUCCUUCGGGACCAAAGUUUCCUCA